UUUCGGAACGCUGGGGUGAAAUGUUUGGGGCUCAGGCAGGGCGUGGUGGGAAUGUUGGCUGCGGCGGCUCCGAGGGCUCUGUUCUGCCAACUUCUAGUCCUCUAUCGAUUCCUCGUGGGCGAUGGAACUCCCGGGGUGCCCAGGCCCGAAACCUUGCGGCCACCCCUUAGCAGGACAAUGGCCAAGAACAAAUUCAAAGGGCAGAAGUCCAGGAAUGUAUUUCAUAUAGCUAGCCACAAAACUUUCAAGGCUAAAAACAAGGCAAAACCAGUUACUACUAAUCUUAAGAAGAUAAAUAUUAUGAAUCAUGAGAAAGUCAACAGAAUGAACAGAGCUUUUGUAAAUAUACAGAAAGAACUGGCAAACUUCUCAAAAAGCCUUUCUCUUAAAUCUGUGCAGAAAGAGCUGAAGCACCAUGAAAAUGAACCAGCUAACGUUGAUGAGGCGACACGACUAAUGGCUCAGUUGUAAUACAGAGAUAGUGCAUCACAUUCCCCCAAAGAUCAAUAAACUCAAUGUUUCAUACAACUUUA